GCGCCGGCGCGGCAGCAUGGAGCAGCAGCAGAAGCGGCAAGCGCCCAGGGGCUCCCGGCGUCUCCAGUACGCCGCAGCCUUCUCCGCGACGCUGGGCUACGUGACGUUCGGUGCCUUCCUGGGCUGGGGAGCGCCGGUGCUGCCGCGACUCACCUCCAACUCGUCGCACAUCCCUACCACCGAAGACGAGGCCUCCUGGAUCAUCGCGUCCAGCUCGCUCUCCAUGGUGUUCCCCAUGCUCUUCAUCGGCCACCUAGUUGACAUCGUGGGCCGCAAGCGGAUGUUGCUGUUCACUGUGUUCCCCCACUCGGCACUCUGGCUGAUCCAGAUCUUCGCCACACAACCCUGGGAGUUGAUGCUGUCCCGCGUCAUCGGCGCCAUCGCGCAGUGCAUCGUCCUGGUCGCCUCCCCUUGCUAUCUCGUCGAGAUAGCCGAGCUCGAGAUCCGGGGAACAUUGAUCACUAUCUACCAGGUGAUGCAGAACCUGGGCACGCUGGUGGUGUUCUGCGUGGCGCCGUACGUGCACUUCCGCACUCUGGCCGGCAUCCUGCUGGCGUUCCCCCUGCUGCUGGUGGCCACCCUCUCGUGGAUGCCGGAGUCCCCCACCUACCUGCUGCUCAGGGGGCGCAACAAGGAGGCCCAGCAGUCGCUCGUCAGGCUGCGCGGCAUGAAGAACUUCGAGGAUGUGGAGGAGGAGUUCGCGGCGAUGCGCCGCGCGGUGGAGGAGCGCAACAGCGACCCGCUGGCGCGCGGCGGCUACGCGGCGACGAUGCGCGAGCUGGUGUGCGACCCGGUGAACCGGCGCACGCUGCUGCUGGCGUCGGCGCUGCAGGCGCUGCUGCUGUGGUGCGGCUUCCUCGUCAUGAUGACGUACGCCACCUUCUUCUUCAAGCUGUCCGGCAGCUCGCUCGAUCCCGACCUCUCGUCCAUCUCGCUCGCCGUCAUCCAGCUCAUCAUGAGCGUCGUCGCUUCCGUCGCCGUGGAGCGCUUCCGCACGCGCAAGAUACCGCUCAUGGUGUGCUUCUCGGGAGCCUGCCUGGCGCUCAUUUCAGAAGGCUUCUACUUCUACAUGAAGGACGCUCUCCACGCCGACGUGUCGUCCAUCGGCUGGCUUCCACUCUCGGCCCAUAUCGCUUUCUUGAUCUUCAACACAUUGGGCCCAGGAGCCCUCAUAUGGACUGUGUGCGGUGAGGUGUUCAGGCCGCGUGUCAAGGGCGUCGCCAUGUCGGUGUUAUCCAUCGUCAACUGCGGAUCGGCGUUCGCCACACUCAAAACCUACCACCUCAUGUACACCUAUUUUGACCUGUACUACUCCUUCUGGAUGUUCGCCACCAUCUGCUUGGUGGGAAUGGUGUUCGUGUGGCAGCUUGUUCCCGAGACAAAGGGCAGGCACCCAGAGGAGGUGGCACUCGAGAUAGCGGGACUCAAACCCGGCCGAACUGUCGACGUGUCCGCCACGGCAGAGGAGAUGCAGAAGAUCAAGGUGUAGCCCACACACGGAGACACAGAGGAUGGACGCUGCUAGCCCUUACACAAUUAUGGUGCACCAUGGGACACCCUCUGCGUUGUGUAUUGUGCUGAUCGCUCUUGGAUGAGCUCGAGAUUUCAAGUGUAUCCAUGUUGACUGAACGACUAUGGCCAUCUCUUCGACCCACUGUAUUCAACAUUACGCUUCCCAAGGUGCUACUACGUCAGUUGCCUGGCUAAACACAAAGAAUUUUUGCAACUUCCUCGGCUGAUAUCUUUCUCAUCACCAGGAAGGAAAAUCUGAAGUCCUGUGGCAUCAUUUCGAUUAAUCCAGCCAACUGCGAACUGGACAACAUCUGUACUUCGUUAUACAUAAAGCUGGGCUCCGUAUAAUGGAUGGGAAACUCAUUUACAAUGCAUUGUAUGUGGACAUACUUCAUAGGAUUCAGUUACGACGUGUCUACCACAUUUACUCAGACAGAAAUAGGGGACGUGCGUUCGGUUCGUUAUAUGGGCGGAACAAAUUAAAUACCCCGUUCUUUUCUUCUGUUGUGCUAAGAAUUUUCUCUCCCAAGACAUCGAUAACAAAUACCGCCUCUACUAGCUCCAAUUGUUUCUGGCGUCCUGAUGAUUCGAAUAAGCCAUGACGCCGAGAAAACCUUGUAAAUGUAGUUUCUAGUCCUGUAGUUUAUGAAAGAAAAAACAGCGUCGGCGCACCUUAUAAAUUACCACUGGGUGGGCUUUUGGAAUCCACGUCUCACGUGCAACUUGUUUAAUCCUGAUUUUCCACCUUAACUAGUGUGAGCCGAAUUUUGUUGAAUAUUUAGCCAUUUCUACGGAAAUUAAAUAUGAACUAAGAGUUGAAAACACUGGACAGAAAUGGAACUAAAAUUUGGUACUUCAGUUAAAAUCUGAAUAUCGAACUGAACACUUCUCCUACCAAUGUUACAGAUUUCUUACAGUUUUCCACUACAUGCUUCUUAUAAGAGAGAUCGACUUUAACAAUUUUUAAGUUUUUAUUGCAUAAAGGCCGAUAGAAACUAAAAAUCAUGAGUGUUCAACAAAACUAAGAAUCGUGUUAUGAAUCUUAUAAGUGAGUCGAGGAAGACAGCGCACUCACUGCAUAUCCUGAUUACUUUACCCUGAUUUCAAUAAAGGAAUUCCUGCAGGAUUGUUUUGUAAGCAGUUCUCUUAAGUACAACAGUGGUACCGCCUUGUGUGAUAUUGACGGAAAAUCCAGCACAGCGACCAUAGUACAGCACUAGCCACGAGUCUCCAAGUCAACAAUACGUCUCGCCACAGGCCUGAAGAUUUCGUUAGAAACGGAAGACUUCGAUUCAUUGUGAAAGUUCCUUAAAACUGUUACCAAUGUGAUAGUAUUUAAUUGUGUUAAAUUAUUAAAUUAAAAGAGACUUUCGCAUUAU